AUGGGUGGAGCUUCAUCACAUCAGAAUUCGACACAAGACUCGGCUAGGUAAGAAUUGACCGUAUACACGACAAAGGGCCUGCACUGAAAGUAGUUUUCGCGAUAUUUGUACAAAAUAUCGAUGAAAAUGCCAAGCCGGACAGAGCUCCGGCAAAAUCAGUGUCGGAAAAGAAAAAGUACGUGAAUACAACUGAAAAAUUUCAGCGACGCCUCCACAAGCCUUCCGUCGACCUCAAAAAGUUCGAAUAAGCUCGUAAAAGCCACGUCGAAACUGAAAUUAUCGUUUAAAGUAAGAUUUAACACCUGAAAAACUGCUAAAACCAAAACAUUUCCAGAGAAAACCGACGGCCCGUGAUCGAACGCGACCUUUCCGGGAUUUGAUAAAAUCGUGGCCGCCCGAGGAUUUGAAUUUACUUUUACGCGAAUUUUACGCAGAUUCGAGGCUACUGGAAUUGCAGAAAAAGUGUGACGUGACGCGAAAAAAUACGAAAAAGUUCACACAAAUUUUCGCGGACGAACGGGAGAGUUAUGGCGAUUUGACUGUCGUUUUUAAGGUGAUUAUCGAUUUUCAAAGUCAAAAGCAAUUCUAGAAAAUUCCAGAAAACGUCCUUCAAAAUACACCGAAAAUUCCUGGCACAACGGUGUAAAAAUCUGGAAAUUCCGCCGGAAAACGUGGAAAUUUUGGAAUUGCGCGCCGAAAAUUUCCAACAAUUUCGCGAGCAAGAAGUCCGAAAUUUUCUGACAAAGUACAUUUAUAUCAAAGUUUUUCCGUCGCCAAAAAUGGAUCCACGCGAGAAUUUGGCCAGGCUGAAGGCGGAAUUCGGGUGCACGAAGGGGCUGGGCGACGACGUGGCCGCCAUUUUGAGGAACGAUUUGAAACACGGCGAUCUGGUGAUUACGGUCAUCGAGGACACGAUUCAUGGUAAUCGUUUGUUAUUCUUCUGAAUCAGCAAAAAUAGUAAUCGUUGUUUUUUUCAGACAAGAAAAGCGCACUGCCACCUGGAGAAGCGUACGAAAUCCGUUGUUGCUCCUCGGUCGCCUCGUGCCGGAGCCCUCUAAUUCGCUCGUUAUUAUGCCGCAAAACGACGGAGAAUUGCGGAGGAAAAGAGCGGCGAAUCAGUUUCGACGAGCACAUUUUCCCGCGCGCGUUCGCCGCCCUUUUCGUCAAUUUUCUGUACACCGACACGUUGGACUGGUCGUGUGCGCCGAGUUCCGAAGUGAGCGUCUCUUCGUUAAGUCAGGCGAAGGCGAUCACUUGUGGCAAGGCACCCGACGUCCAGUUGUACAGGGCUCUGCAGAUCAUGCAAGUUGCGAGGUUCUUCGGAGUCGACGCAAUGGUUCAUGGUAGGUCAUUUUUCAAUUUUCCAACCAAAAAAAGAAGGGGGCGAGAGAAACGUGUUUUCUUGUUGUUGUUUGUUGUUUAGCGCCUGCGUCUCUGCCUUUUCGCAUGCUAAUCACGUUUCUCUCACCUCCAGUAGAAUGGCCUGCCCGGGCGACUCGUUUCGCCAAAAAAAGGAAUGUGGUCAUUUUCAACAUUUUCCUCAACAAUUGUAAUGUUUGCAGCGUGUGAAGACGUGGUGGUCCGGCAUCUCACGUGCGACAACGUUGUCCACGUGCUCGAAUGGUCUCGCGACAACGGCUCCAAGUACAUUGCGACGCACGCAUUCCGUCUCCUCGAGUCCCAAUUCUCCCGGAUCGCCCUCUCCGCCUCGCUCUUCGAAUUGUCCGCCGCGGAGAUGCGCGCCCUCACUCACAGCCAAUUCGUCCAGUGCACCGAGCUGGAGUUGCUCGACGCGUGCAUCCGAUGGGGCGAACACGCGCUGCUCAAGAAACUGGAGGAGCGGGAGCCGAAUGUCGUCGCGGACACGUGUCAUUCGAUCAGCCGACGAGGGCUCAAGCGAGCAGAGUUGGGCGGCGACGAGUUGCGAGAGAUUCUGAAGCCGUUGACGGACAAUAUCCGAAAAGAUUACGCUCUCCCGCCGUUCCAUCAAUCCUUGACUGAAGCCUAUUCGAGAGGAAUUCUGGAAAGAGCCCCUCUUGAGCAUAACCUUGUCGUUUGUAAGAAUACGUCGGAAAUCAAUCCGGAUGUCCAUUGGCUCCGACCGGAUGCCAACUCUUCGGGACCACGAUAUUACCUGCCCUAUCAUGAAACCUUAAUGAAAAUGAUGUCACGCAUCGAUCCGGACGCAUUCCCCGAGAUGUCGAUAAUAUCGGAUGAGAGCAAAUUGGAAUUUGUGAAUUGGUACCCGGAAAUACUGUCCGAGGAGCAGUUUCUGAGAGCCAAAACGGCUAUUUUGGAAGCGGUGGAGAAGGAGGAUGUGAGAAGAUUCGCGAGAGCUUUUCAUCGCAAUUUUGCGGUGCAGAUCGUGAGUCUAACGGAUUUUUUGUUAUGUUUUCAUUUUUUCAAUUUCCAGAUAACCCGUCGGAUACUAAUCGAAAUGGACAUUUCCGAGGAAUGUCUCGAUUGCCACGUGGCAUAUUCUCAUUUCCCUCCCGAUAUCUUGCCCAUAUAA